UGAGGGGAGCCAUGGGCUCUCGGCCGCUCCCCGGGAGCCAGGCUGGAGAGCUGGCGGGGGCCGUGUGACGCGACUAGUGGACCCCUGGACACCCUCAGCACAGACGCCUCAGGUCAGAGAUGAGGAAACCGAGGCCUCUCGAGGGACAGGAAGCCGCCUCACAUGCCUCCCCGCUCCUCUGCACGGGUGACAGCCUGCCGGUCCCGCGAGAGGAAAGGCCGGGGCCUGGCUCUGGCCGCUGCACUGGGUUUUCAUUCUGAAAAUCAGACCGCUCAGCAGUCCCAGGACUCCACUAAGCGGCCCGGCCGGGGCCACCAUUCCCGGGGUCUCAAAGGGUCUCUGGGCAAACGAUACCCUGCUUCUGACCGGGCACCAGCUGGAAGGGCUGGGGCCACUGAGGCCAGGGACACCCGCCAUCAGCCAUAGUACAGACAAGCUAACCGCGCACAGAUCAUUCGGUGGCGAAACCAAGGCCCGGAGACACUCGGUGACUUGCCUACGGACCCACCAUCGGUCAGGAUGGAGGCCCGACUCCUUGAGGGCAGAUGAGAGAUGAACGAGGCAGCCUGCAGCAUGGCCAGUGCCAAGCACCCCGGGAGCCCCGGAUGGACAGGACGCAUGGCCCGGAGCCCAGCAGGGGCCAAGCAGGAAGCGACAGCCAGUGGCCCGGACCUCCCCUCUCCAGGACCUGAAGAGGACUCAGACGCCGACGGCAGCCCGAGCCCCAACUCCAGCAUGACCACGCGGGAGCUGCAGGAGUACUGGAGGAACGAGAAGGGCUGCUGGAAGCCCGUCAAGCUGCUCUUCGAGAUCGCCUCGGCCCGCAUCGAGGAGAGAAAGUUCUGCAAGUUUGUGAUGUACCAGGUCGUGGUCAUCCAGACCGGGAGCUUCGACAGCAACAAAGCCGUCCUGGGGCGGCGCUACUCGGACUUCCAGGCGCUCCAGAAAAGCCUCCUCAAGACCUUCCCGGAGGAGAUCGAAGACGUGCCCUUCCCCAGGAAGCACCUGGUGGGGAACUUCACGCAGGAGAUGAUCCUGGAGCGCAAGCUGGCCUUCAAGGAGUACCUGAGCCUGCUCUACUCCAUCCGCUGCGUGCGCAGGUCCCGCGAGUUCAUCGACUUCCUGACGCGGCCCGAGCUGAAGGAGGCCUUCGGCUGCCUGCGGGCGGGGCAGUACACCAAGGCCCUGGACAUCCUGCUGCACGUGGUGCCCCUGCAGCAGAAGCUGACGGGGCACUGGCCCGUGGCCGUGGUGCCCGUCCUCUGCGCCAUGCUGGUGUGCCACCGGGAGCUCGAGCGCCCCCUGGAGGCCUUCGCGGCCGGCGAGCAGGCCCUGGAGCGCCUGCACGCCCGGGAGGGGCACCGCUACUACGCGCCGCUGCUGGACGCCAUGAUCCGCCUGGCCUACGCGCUGGGCAAGGACUUCGUGUCGCUGCAGGAGAGACUGGAGGACUGCCAGCUCCGGAGGCCCUCCGCCCGGGGCUUCACCCUGAAGGAACUGGCCGUGCGGGAAUAUCUGUGACGCGCGGCUCUGGCAAGACCGCUGCAGAUCUGAGACCGCCGUGUGCGCGGCGCCUUUGGAUGGGGGGAGAGCCACGUGGGGCCGCUGGGGGGUCGCACUUGCUGGGCGCCCUUGGGCAAGCCCCUCCUCUGGUCCUCCAUUUGCCCAUCUGUGUUGAGUUGAGGUUCUCCUGGACGUCCUUAGCAGCCUCUGAUGCGUGUGCCCUGUGUCCCUUAGAGGUCAGGCUCACUUUAUCAAAACCACCAGCCCAGCAGGGGGACCCGGGACAGGAGGCUCCGCCUCUCGGACACUCCCGUCGGUAGCGGGAGCGGAGGUUUCCGCCGCACGCGGCGGGGGUAGCGCCACCCAUUUCUGCUCCUGCGUCUUUUCUGUCUCUCCUUCUCCUCCAAGCUGCUACCUCGGCAAAUAGCAAACAUUCCCACCCAUUUUCCUAAGCAUUCUGGUCUUCCUUCUUAGUGUCUGAGCCCAAUUCAGCAAACAAAAGGUGGAUUGAAUGCUCAGCACCUCCCCAUCCGAGGCACAACCUUCUUGGAGGUUCUCUCGCGGAUUCGUGUGACCCCCAACUGAAGUCUGCUGCCAGGAAAGGACACCAAGGGCCCCAAAGUGGAGUGGAGUGUGGACCAGCGCCCUGGGUUCGACACUGGACCUGAAGCGGAUGGCACAGCUGGUGUGGGCCCAGGACGUGUCUGAGGCUGGGGCUUCCUGAGGCUCUAAACCGUCUGGCCGAGCUUAGCAGGGCGAGCUACGGAGGCUGGGACCCAGGAGCCUUCAUGUGGGGCGCCGCGCUGGCCAGGGCAGGAAGCUGGCUCGGCAAAGGGGUCCCUGAGCCGUGGACAAGCAUUCGCUGAGCCGCACCAGGAGGCGCUUCAACAGCGACACCAUGAGGCGACACCCUCAGUGGCCCAGCCAGGCUCUGUCCGGAAGGCAAGAAACUCCAUGAUACUUGGGAGCAAAGGAAGCCUUCACGCCUCUCCACCUGCUCCAGGGGAGGAGGGGCACUUCGGGUGGGGAGGUGCUGGGCUUCCUUGAAAAUUAAAGCGUUAGAGGCGAAAA